AUGACAAACCACAUCACCUCUCUCGACGAACCCUUCCCCAGCCCCGACUCUCUCGCCGCCGCCACAACCACCCACACGCAGAACCGCUUCCGCAUCUCGACCCGCAAGCUCCCCAUCUCCAAAUCCGCCGCCAUCGAUGCCCUCGAGAAGAAGCUCGGCAUCCCCGUGCCGGAGAUGAUCUUUGGCGACAACCUCGUCGCCAUCACCCACGGCCCCUCCAACUGGACGCUCGAGUUCAACACCACGGAUGCGCUCGACGCCGUCGACAAGACCGACAAGAACAUGCUCCGCGUGGCCUAUGCGCGCGACUGGGAGAGCACGCGCGAGGGCACCACGCAGAGCAUCAAGGAGGUGGUCAAGCCGUACGACUGGAGCUACUCGACGACGUACUGCGGCACGGUCCGGGGAGGCUCCGAGUCGAGCUUCCAGCCGACGGAGAAGCAUAUCCCCAUUGAGCUGCUGAAGCGGCGCGAUCCGAUGCUCUUUUUCGACGAGGUGGUCCUGUAUGAAAGCGAGCUGGAUGACAACGGCAUUUCUUUGUAUAGCGCCAAGUUGAGGGUUCACGAGAAGCGCAUGCUGUUGCUGGUCCGGCUGUUUAUGCGACUGGAUAAUGUUCUGGUGCGACUGAGAGACACGAGAGUCUAUGUGGACUUUGAGACGGACGAGGUACUGCGUGAAUACACAGCCAAGGAAUCCAAGUUUGAUGACGUCAAGAAUGCUCUGCGGAGAACAGGAAGGCUACCCGAUGAUGUCACAAUCGCAUUGCGAGAUCCUACUGCCUUGGAUCCCUUGCUGGAAGUUGUCGAGCAUCGGGUAGAGGCUGUGUCACUAGCAGCAGUAACGCAAUAA